AAUUUCAUAAUCCCCUACCAAGAAAUUUAAAUCAAUAUAAAAGCUAAUCACCCAAAUUAUUAGAAAAACACAUGUCAUGCUGUUCAUGCACAUGUGUUAUCUGGAAAAUGAUCUGCCUAUGAAUUUUAUAUAGCAUUGUGGAGCUUUAUAGUGCCACGUUAUUAGUCACAACUCUGACGUAUCAAUUAACAAAUAAAAUUAUUCCAUCUUGUAGUAGUUUCGAACACAUCAUUCAUAUUGGGGAAUUAGACUAGUUAUCAGGACAGCUUCUUGACCGGUCUCUUUUAUCCCUUUUAUUUUCAGGUAAUGUUAGAGAUAUUAAAUUUAUAGAUAAAGUUUUGGAAACUAACCUUUUAUUUUCAUGUUUUACCAGGAGCUACAAUUUUGGAAGGUACUAGGUGAGUGAGCAUGAUCUAAUCUAAACAUAGCGAAUGCUCGUGUAUAAAGAAAUCACAUAUGCUCUAACUAAUAUAAUUAUGUUAUCCGCUCUAACAAAGAUGAUUGCACAUGUAAAUUAUAAAGCUAAAAGUAAAGAUAAAAAGCGGAAAAUAAGAAGGGGUCAAAAGUUGCUAUCUUUGGUCCACCCAAUCCACAGGCUUUAAGCCUGUCUCAUCCGAUGUGUUUGUUUCUGUGUUUCAAAAAUUGAAAAUCCCUCCUCGAGUCCUGGUCUUCGUGGAAGCUAGUGCCGCAGCAAGUGACCCUCACGAUCUCUCCACCCUUCUCUCUUUCCUCUCUAUCUCUCUAAAAGUUUCGGAUCACCACACGACCAUUUCCUCUCGGCUUGAAAACUCCUCCUAAACACUCCCUUCUCUCCCGCCCCGCCAACUUUUUUUUCUUGAUGCAAGGUUUAUCCUUGAUGGGUUUUUCUUAAUUUUCUGUUUACUUUUCUGGGUUUUACUGAAACUCCCUCAUAUUUUAUUGGGUUUCUGUCUCCCAAUUUUCUUCUUGUUUUCCCACAGAGAUUCUCCAACUGGGUGUUUUGUCUUGUUCUUUUUGUUUAUUUUGUUCUGUUUUUUCAUUUUUUACUUGUAAUACUUUGGUCAUUGGGUCUACAUUCUCUGUGCCCUUGAUCUUUUUGUUGGGGGUUGGUGACCUGUUGAUGUCUCUGGCCGUUGGACUUGUUUCGAGUUCCAAAAACAUGGGGUUGGAUGAUGAUAACGCCGCCAAGGUUUCCGACAAGACGGCGAAAACCGGUGAGGCAAGUGCGGAUCAACUAUCCACAGGGAUGGUUAGAUCACCCAGUGAGGGUUCUCUCUGUCAGACCGAGGACGAAGACGACGAUGACGAAGUAAAGAAGAUUGAGUUGGGGCCUCAGUUCACUCUCAAAGAACAAAUUGAGAAGGAUGCGGACGAUGAGAGCUUGAGGAGGUGGAAGGAACAGCUUCUUGGGAGUGUGGAUGUUAAUUCUGUCGGUGAAACUCUAGAGCCAGAAGUUAAGAUCAUGAGCCUGGCAAUUAAAUCCCCUGGCAGAUCUGAUAUAAUUCUUCCGAUUCCCGUCGACGGAAAUCCCAAAGGGUUGUGGUUUACUUUGAAAGAAGGUAGCCGUUACAGCCUCAAAUUCACUUUUCAGGUCAGCAAUAACAUCGUUUCAGGUCUCAAAUACACCAACACAGUCUGGAAAACUGCUGUGAAAGUUGAUAGCACGAAAGAGAUGCUUGGAACAUUUAGUCCACAGUCAGAGCCUUACACACAUGUGUUGCCCGAGGACACAACCCCAUCUGGCAUAUUUGCUAGGGGAUCUUAUUCAGCUCGAAGCAAGUUUGCUGACGAUGACAACAAGUGCUACUUGGAGAUUAAUUACACCUUUGAUAUCCGAAAAGACUGGCAAUCGUCGUAAAAAUUCGAUCUGUUUUAUCGAUUUGUAGUCCAUUGUUUUGUUUUCUCAAGCUGAGACGAUCUGCAAUUCAUUGUAAACAUGUGAAAAAUAUUCCGCUGCUGCCUUUGUUUAUUUUUCAAUCCAAUCUGAGACUGGUGACUUCAUACAA